UUAGCAACGCCGCCGCACUUCCGGGGCGACGGCGAAAGCAUGGCGGCGGCCGAGGUGGCGCAGGCCCUGAGCCGGCCCCUGAGCUGUCUGCAGGAGCCCGGCUGCGGCCGGGCGGCGCGGCUGCGGGCGCUGGAGGCCAUCCGGGCCCAGGUGCAGGAGCGGCCGCUCUCGGCCGCCGUGGUGCAGGAGGUUUUCGGGGCGCAGCUGCUGCGGCCGCUGGCGCGCUGCCUGGCGGGGGACGCGGCGGAGCGCUGCCGGGAGCUCGCUCUCCAGCUCCUCUGCCACGGGCUCAGCCACGGCGACCGGCCCGGCGAGGCGCUGCCCGUCCUCCUGCCGGCCCUGGCGCAGCGCCUGUGCCCGCCGCAGGGCACUGAGCCCAGCGAGGAGCUGCGCCUUGGCCUGGUCCAGCUCCUGGGCCUGCUGCUGCAGCGCUGCGGGGCCUCCAUGGUCCCCUACCUCAGCGAGGUGAUCCGCAUGCUCCAGGCCACCCUCCUCGACAGCUAUGCCGAGGUCAGGCGCGAAAGUUGCAGGUGUGCCACAGCCUGCGCCCAGGCCAUGCCAGAGCACUUCCAUCUGCAGUCAGAAUCCCUGAUAAAACCCUUAAUGCAGACCAUUUCACACCAGCACUACAGAGUUCGUGUUGAUGUAAUUCAGGCUACUGGAACAGUGAUACAGUAUGGAAAUGGAAAGUCUGUGGAUGACGUUCUGUCUCAUCUGGCACAGAGAUUAUUUGAUGAGAUUCCCAAGGUUCGGCAUGCCGUGACAACGGUCAUUGGAGAAUGGUUGUUGCACCUACGAGAUAGAUACUCGUAUUUUCACAAGUUGAUCCCUUUGCUGCUUGGCAGCUUUACUGAUGAAAUUCCUGAAAAUAUGAAACUGGCUUGCACUUACUGGGAGAAGAUAGGCUUGCAGUGGGAGAAAGAGAAUGAAGAAGAUCUGAAAGAUAAGAUGGAUUUCAGUGUCCCACCCUCUCAUUAUCCCAAAGGCGUGGCUCGGCCAGGACUGGGCUGCCGGGAGCUCGUGUCAAGAAACCUUUCCAAAAUCCUGCCAGGUCUGUGUCACGAUAUAACAGACUGGGUUGAAAGCACAAGAAUAAAAGCGUCCCAGCUUCUGUACACGUUACUGCUGCAUGUGGAGGAUCACAUAACCCAACACAUGGAGCUGCUGCUUAGAACUUUGUACCAAGCGUGCUUGGAUGAAGAAAGCAAUGUGGUUAAAAAUUGUGUGAAAGCAGCAGAAUUGAUUGGAACGUUUGUCAGCCCCAAGGUGUGGAUGACAUUAAUCACGUCAGCCUUCAGGAAGACACCGAAACCAUCUUGUCUGAUGGUUCUAAGCGCAGUGAUUCGGGGUAGCCCAAAGGAAAUCAUACAGCCUCACUUGACCGAUCUUGGCAACACGCUGUCACAAGCUGCAGUUUGUCAGCAAUCUGAAGAGGUCCUUUAUAUGGAGCAGUUGCUUUGCUGUGUACAAGCACUGAUUGAAGUCUGCCAGGAGGACUGCAAAGAAAUCAGCUUGCAGCUAAUGAAAGUGUUGGUGACAGUAAUGGCAACACCGUGUUCUCAGCACCUUAAAGAAAAGGUAGAGGAAACAAUGUCUUCAUUAGCCGAAGUGCAGCGGUUGGAUAGUUUUCUUGAUCUCUACAAACAGCACAUAAUUCAGCUUAUGGAAUGGCUCUCGGUGUCCUGUGACUGUUGGACAUGCUAUUCUCCAGAAGUACUACAGUUAGAUGUCAUCGCAACCCACUCAGGUCCCGUCAUAGGUGAAGCUCUAAAUAACUUCAUUCUCAUUCUUAAGACGUGUCUUCAGCCAAGCAAAGAUCCCCAGAUGCGGUUAAAGCUUUUCACUGUUUUAUUGGAGCUGCUCCAGCAACCAAGUGAAACCAUCAAUUCCCAGGGGCUGUUCCCCAGCCACCUCGAGACGCUGGUAGAACACGUCCUGGCUCCCAAUCUGCAGUGGCACGCGGGAAGAACAGCGGCCGCCAUCCGCACCACGGCUGUGUCCUGCCUGGGGGCCCUCGUUUGCUCACACAUGCUUUCACCACAAGAGAUCUUAAAAGUCAAGGAUGAGCUAAUGCCCCAAAUUAUUGCCGCCAUGGACGAAGACUCUAAAAUUGCUCGACUGAUGGCUUGUCGUAUUGUUGGUGUUCUUAUAAAAGCCUGUGGGAGGCAUUUUGAUGAAGAUCAAUUUACCAAAACAUACACAGAGGUUUUAAAGCGUCUGGAUGACGCUUCCUGUGACGUUCGACUGGCAGCCGCUCACGCCUUAACCAGUUGGUUUCAGUGCUUUAAGGACAGCGAUGUGAGAUCCUCAAUGGAAAAUCACAUUGAGUUCCUGUACCAAGAACUGUUGGUACAUCUUGAUGACCCAGAUGAAAACACCCAAAAUGCAAUCCUAGAAGUUCUAAAGGAAGGAAGCGUCCUACAUCCAGAACUGCUCGUGAGAGAGAUCGGAGCGGUUGUGCACAAGCAUCGAACGCCGGCCUAUUGCAACCAGCUGCUGCGCCACAUUCAGUCCGCCCAAGAACCAGGUUCAUGAAUCGAUGCUGAAAUUCCUUGUCGUGAACUGAAGGUGAAAUCUGUCUGAUCUGGAUUACUUUCCUAUUUUCAUUUGCUUAAGAGAGGCUGAGCAAUAAAUAGAUUGGUUUUUCUGUGUAAGUUCACUAUUAGCUUAUUGAAAAGUCACAUUGGCACAGUCCUUUGUGUUUGAACAGUUAUUUGUGUUUCUUAGCAAUAAAACAGUGUUUCAAUUCGCUUUGCUUUGAAAGUUUUUCAGAUACAAGGUUGAAAGGAGGAGUGGUUUUUGACACUAUUUAUUGAUUGAGAAAGUAAUUGAUUGAGAAAGUAACAAAGUAAUAGUCUCAUGUCAAAGCUAUUAAUGCAAUUCAGUGAGGACUCGGUCUGUCAAGGAGCAUUUUGGACUCUGAAUACUGUUCAGGCUUCGCAGUGUCGGGUCAGUGAGGGUCAGUGUUACCAGGAAAACAAAACCAAACUUCUCUUGCAUAACGCGGCAGAAUUGUUAUAAUGUUCUGAGUCCUCACCACGCUGGUGCAGCAGGGACAUGUUCCGAGGGGGUGUCACUAAGGGAAUAGCUUCUGUUGUCAUUGUGUUACAUCUCAUGACUGAGAACAAAGCUAACUUUUUUAAACUAAGGUUUAUACAUGGGAGGAGAUGUGCUGGUUUGUCAUUUGUAUUAACAGGAUUUAUAUUUUUGUAUUAAAUAUACUGCAGCUGCAGUUUUUGUGUUUACACUGUUGUGCCUUGGAAAACAAGCAGCAUUUGUUUGCAUAUUGCUUAGAAAUUAAACUCUCCAACGUUAGGUUAAAGCUUGAUUUAUUUGUUUGAAA